AUGUCUGUGAUUAGAAAUCUUGCACUGGAAUCAGAUGCCAAAAGGCUACAAAAGAUCGAGCAGGAGAUCAGAGAUUUCGUAAACCAGAAGUCAAAAACGCCCAUAAAAUCGAACCCUAGAUCUUGCGGUCACUGGUACGUUCGUUAUAGAGUCUGCAUCGUCUGCAAAUCGAAAGUAGACAAACGUGAAGGCCGAGCAUUCGACUAUCUUGUCCAAGGUCUACAGCUAAGCCACGAAGCCGUGACGUUGACGAAACGCUUUACAACACAAUACUAUUCUCUCAAAGAAAAGAAGCUUCACCUUGUCCUUGACUUGGACAACACGCUUCUCCAUGUCAUGAACGUUUCACGUCUCUCCAAAGCAGAGAAGUAUCUUAUCAAAGAAGCUAGUUCAACUUCACCAUUAAGGGAUGAUCUAUGGAAGAUAGAGGUCGGAAAAUAUUCUACAGAAUACUUGACAAAGCUAAGGCCUUUUGUUCGUGACUUCUUGGAAGAAGCCAACGAGAUGUUCACAGUGUCUGUCUACACGAUGGGUUCUAGAGAUUACGCUAAAGCUCUUUUGGAGCUGAUUGAUCCGGAGGAAGUUUACUUUGAAGGUAGAGUGAUAACAGGAGACGAUAGUCCGUAUGUGAAGACGCUUGAUUUGGUUUUGGCUGAGGAACGUGGAGUGGUGAUUGUGGAUGAUACGCGUAGUGUUUGGACACAUCACAAGAGUAACCUUGUGGAGAUUAGUAAGUACUACUAUUUCAGAGACAAUGCCCAACAAGAGUCUUCGUCAAAGCCUUACUCGGAGGAGAAGAGUGACGAGAGUGAAGGAGACGGUGGAUUGGCUAAUGUUCUGAAACUGCUCAAGGAAGUUCACUGUGGGUUCUUCAGAGUCAAGAAAGAUCAGUUACUGUCGCAGGACGUGAGGUUGCUGCUAAAAGAUAUAGACGUGAAACUUCUCUAA